AUGUCGGACUUGCAAAUGUCCAUGGCGUACAUGGUUACUCAUUCCUUCACGUUGUAUCCUGAAAUGUAUGAUUGUCCUGUGAAUAUGACAAAGGUCAAAACGGAACGGCCGGUGUUGGGCACCUACUUUUUGGUAUCCGGAUUAUUUUUGAUUCUUCUCUACACACCGUGCUUCAUUGUAAUGGUUCGCUCGAAAUGUCGAGUCCCCGCAUUCCGUGUCAUGCUCAUUUUGGCUGUCUUCGACCUUUUAUCUUUAUCCGUCAACUCUGUUAUCACCGGAGUUCUAGACAUACUCGGCACCUCUUUUUGCCACUUCCCAAUCUUCAUAUUUUGUGCUGGCGCAAUCGGAAAAGGCUCCUGGAUGGGUGGGUGUGUUGCGUGUAUUCUGUUGGCAGUGGAUCGUUGUGUCGAAGUGAAUUCAAAGUUUCUAUUGGGUUUUUUAUUUCGAAAGAAGGUGUUCCGAUUCGUGUUAAUCCUAAUGAUUUUGUACUGGGCGUACUCGUGCGGAUUCACAAAACCUCUGUUGUUUACUGCCGAAUAUAGCUCUUGGUUCUUUGACCCAAAAAUUGGAAAAGAGGCGUAUCUCUAUCAUAGUAUUGAUCACACUAUAAACAAUUUGGUUGUCUCUCUUGCUACAACUUCGUUAUACAUUUAUUUGUGCUAUCAUCUGAUCUACAAAAUCAAAUAUUCCACUUCUAUGUGGUUAUACAAAUCGAAGCGGCAGAUAAUCAUGCAAGCAGUGAUCCUUUGCACAUUUCACGCCGUCGCCGCUUACAUCUACGUGUACAUGCAGUUCUUCCACUCCCCGCCAUGGCUCAUCAUCAUCGGACAACUCGCGUGGCAAUGGAGUAAUGGAUGCUUCUGUGUCGCAUAUCUGACAUUAAAUCAAGCGAUUCGUAAUGCAGUUGUCAGGAUGUUAGUGCCGAAGAAGUUGCGAGAACGAUUUGAUCUACAUAUAGGAAUCGAUGAGCACUUGAUGAAUCAAGAGCAACAGACGACAGCGAUAAAUACUGUUUCAGUUUGUGUUAAAAUGGAUAGUUUUGUUUAG